CCGCUGCCGGCUCUCCGGAGCAAUGCAUAAGAACCAGAACGGACCUCCGCCGCUACUUUUCCCCUCGGCCCGGCGUGUUCAAUGGCGUACUCGGUGCGGGUGUUCCAACUCUCAGGCGCUCUACUUGGCGAGGUGGAUUUGCCCGAGACCGCCCUCGUUGGCGACAUCUUGCCGCUGGUGGAAGAUCGCGCCCAAAAGCGCAUGAGGCGACAGCUACUUUUUCAGGGCACGGUGCUGAAGAACGACCAGCCCAUCAAGUCUUUGGGCCCGGCUGCGGGUCCCUUGGAGCUGCAACUGGUGUGCCAAGCACUGCGCGUGCAGCGUCUGGCCGAGAUGCCGGAGGACUACGAAAUGCUCCACUUCGGUCUCUGCGGGGAGAACUCCGUGGGGAAGUCCAGCUUUUUGAAGAGGUACGUGGAGGAGUGUUUUCAAUUGAAGAAGAUUUGCAACUACGGGGUGGAAUUCAAGACGGCAAAGCUCCUUGCCGAGGACGUUCCGGUCAAGCUGUUUCUUUGGGAUUGGCCCGCCGGCCAUGUGAACAUUCGCCCCACUCCCAAGGUGUUCUUCAACCAGAAGACCGCAGUGAUGCUAGUCAUGGACGUGACCAAUCCCGACUGCUUGGAGGAUGUCGACCACUGGCUGAAUGUCAUGAAGGCCAACUCGAUCCCCACGAAGCUCCUCAUCGGGAACAAGGUGGACCUGGGCCGGCGCAUCGACAGCGCGGCGGCAGAGAAGUUCGCGGAGGAGCGGGGCCUGGUCUACUUCGAGACCUCCGCGAAAGACGGGACAGGUGUUGAGGAAGCGGUGGACUUUGCCAUUUUCGACGCCUUGGAGAAAAUGACUCCGCGGGUGAAACGAGCCCCGCGGACGCUGCGAUCGCCCUGCGACGCAUACGUGGCGCCUGAAAAAGGCGGCGCGGGCGCGCUGCAGCCGGAUCUUUCCCGCUUCCGCUUCGGCGCCGGCGCCAACCCCCCAGCGGCCAAGGCGCUGGGCCCGCCGCUCUCCGGCCCGGAGAGGGAGGUGCGCACUGCCCUGGAGGCAGCGCAAGACUCUGGCGGCGCGGACGCGGGGCGCAGGGCCCUCAGCGUGCGCGGCGGGCGGAAGAAUGCCCUUGGCUAUCAAUUGUAG